AUGACUAGGGGUCAAGAUGCAGUAGCUAAUGAACUUUGUAUACUGGGAAUGGAGGGCAACAUUGACAAAAGCAGACAGUCAGAGACUUAUAAUUAUUUGCUGGCUAAGAAGUUAAUGAGAGAAUCACAACAACAGACUGGAAAACUAGACAAAGAAUUAGAUGAAUAUAUGCAUGACGACAAAAAACCCAGUCCAAAAGAAGAAGAAAAUGGACCAAGCCAUCUCAAACGUAAACGGCCUAUUAAAGACAGAAUAGGAAACAGAUUAGAAAUGAAUUAUAAAGGUCGGUAUGAGAUUACAGAAGAGGAUCCUGAAGAAAAAGUAGCAGAUGAAAUUUCUUUCAGGCUUCAGGAACCAAAGAAAGAUCUGAUAGCACGCAUAGUAAGAAUAAUUGGAAACAAAAAAGCAAUUGAACUGCUGAUGGAAACUGCAGAAGUUGAACAAAAUGGUGGACUUUUAAUAAUGAAUGGGAGCAGAAGAAGAACACCAGGUGGAGUUUAUCUAAAUCUAUUGAAAAAUACACUAAGCAUCAAUGAAGGACAAAUUAAGGAAAUUUUCUAUAUUGAAAAUCAAAAAGAAUAUGAAAAUAAAAAAGCUGCUAAGAAAAGGAGAGUACAAGUCUUGGGGAAAAAGAUGAAGCAGGCUAUUAAAGGUCUUAAUCUUCAAGAAUACGAUGAUGCAUCUCGAGAAACUUUCGCAAGUGACACAAAUGAGGCUUUGGCUUCUUUGGAUGAUUCACAGGAAGCACAUGGAGAAACAAAGUUAGAUUCAGAAGAAGCCUUUGAGAUUGAUCAUUCUGUUGAUUUGGAGGUCUUUUAAUAACAUCUUUAAUAGCUAGGGGAAUAAAUUUUUCUA